UCCUAACCACAGAUUUACUGCUAAUGACAGUGUCCCACUUCAAAUUAUAUCUAAUGGCGGCAUAUAACCCGGUUACAAGCCGGUUUGAAAAAUAAUCCAAACAAAUCUUCCUGUACGAACAUUAUCUUAUCCGAUGAGAAGCUUGAUUGAUCUAAAUUGUUAUCAAUGUAUGUGAACAAAAGGGGAGACCUCAAUGACUUUGUGCCGUUUUUGCAACGACCUCAGCCUACCCAUCAAGUAGUCAUACAUCGAAAAGUAUGAGAGCGGAAUUUUCGUUCGUUUUGUUGGUGCUGUUUGCGUUUUUGGAUAAUGUGGAAAUGAGAAGGGGACGAGCUAGAAGUAGGACCAAAUCAAAGUUUCAAAUUGGUCUACCGAUAACAGGAAAAUACCGAGAUCCUGAAUCAGAUCAGUACUACAACAACAACAACGGUGCAAAAAUUACGCUAGCAUCACAUUUCGACUAUGAAUAUGUCUUGGGACACAAAAUAGCGUUUUUGUGUUCGGCCAGAGGAAAUCCACGACCUCAUAUCACUUGGUAUAAGGAUGGUAGCGAAAUAUUCACACAUCAAUAUCUACAUAUUCACGAGUGGCAGAUUGGGAGAGACAAGAUAAAGAGCAAGCUGGAAAUAGAUCCGGCGACCCAAAUGGAUGCGGGGGUCUACGAAUGUACAGCUGAUAACAUGUACUCCAUAGACAGAAGGUCGUUUAAAACCGACUUCAGCAUUGCUUUCGAUUAAUACUGACUAUUCUUUGAUACUGAAUCGUUAUUGUGAUAAACUGUUAUUGAUAUUAAAAGGAGAAUUUUGAUUA